CCAUUGAUCCUGAACUCCGCCGUCCUCCGCCGCACACUCCCUCGCCGGGGGUAGUGCGUCGUAUCCACGCGCCACCGUUAUCUUCCUCUUCUCCUCUCUUAAAGCAACACUCAUGGUCGCCGGAUAUCAUCCGCGAGGAAGCUUGGUCUAAGCGCCAAGACAUCUCCCGCCGCAACGGUCUCCGCCGCGGAAAAAGCUUGACCGACGAAGAUCUCGACGAGCUCAAAGCAAGUUUCGAACUCGGAUUCGGAUUCGGAUCACCCGAAAUCGCCGAUCCGAGAUUGUCUAACACGCUUCCGGCUUUAGAACUCUACUUCGCCGUACAGAAAAGCUACAACGACGCCGUUUUAAACAAAUCCGCAACGACGUCGCGAUCAUCCGGAGACGGUGAAGACGAAGCUGAAGCAGUGGGCGAGAGUGGUGGCUUGCUCCCAAUUUCUGGGGAUUUCAUUCAGAUAAGGGUUUUGCCGCUGCUAGAUAACUCAAUUUUUGUGUUAUGGGUUCUAAGAUCUGAUUCGAAAAACGGGGAUUUAUGCGAAAAUCGAUCUCUUUUCUUACACUCGGCUAGAUUUCGGAGAAACCCUUAUUGUUCGAGUCUGUACAGAGGUGUUUCGAGAAAAGAGAAACCGAGACGUCAUCAUGGUUUAACGCAGCAGAAGAGGCAAGAGAUCAAAGAAGCUUUUGAGCUAUUUGACACUGAUGGAUCUGGCACCAUUGAUGCUAAAGAGCUUAAUGUUGCUAUGAGGGCGCUUGGUUUCGAAAUGACCGAAGAGCAAAUCAACAAAAUGAUAGCUGAUGUGGACAAAGAUGGAAGUGGAGCCAUAGAUUUUGAUGAGUUUGUUCACAUGAUGACUGCUAAGAUCGGUGAAAGAGACACAAAAGAAGAGCUCACCAAGGCAUUCAAGAUCAUUGAUCUUGACAAAAAUGGGAAGAUAUCUGCUGAUGAUAUCAAACGUAUGGCGAAGGACCUAGGUGAAAACUUCACUGAUGGUGAGAUACGAGAGAUGGUUGAAGAAGCAGACCGAGACCAUGAUGGUGAAGUGAACAUGGAAGAAUUCAUGAGGAUGAUGAAAAGAACUGCUUAUGGGCACUAA